GCUCCUGAACCCACUACCCCAUAUUCUAGAGCACUGUACCUACGCUCCUUUUCUUUUCGCUGCUGUUGCCAGGUCAAAAGGAACGUUUCAGAAACCGGAGGCGCUUCAACAUGCGCUGCUGCGUUCGUCUUUGAAGUCACCCAGAUAUUACCGGUACAGUUGCGAAUAUUCGUGGGCUUUUAUGCUGAUCGCACCGAGAAGCGUAAUUUCCUACCAACGUCUACGCUUGCCUAACGGCCCACAAUCGCUGCGCGCUGAGAGACCAUGACGGAUGAAGCGACAAUCAUGGGAAAACUAGAGUGCCUCAAGGAAAUAAGGGCCCGCACUGUUCAGAUGGAAAAGCUCAAGUCAAGGCUUCGCAGUGAGAUAGAGUCAACAGAGAGCGAAGAACGAUGCCUCCAAGAAUACAGACAUGAAAUGGAACUGUUGCUUCAAGAGAAGAUGGCCCAUGUUGAAGAGCUGAGACAGAUUCAUGCUGACAUCAAUGUGAUGGAGACAGUGAUCAAGCAGUCCGAGGAGGACAGGAACAAGCAUCUGGACGGCGCCAAGCAGAUGCACCACGAGUACAAGCCGCUCAAGGAUCUGGUCGACAGGCUCCGGCUGGAGAUUGGCCUCUCCAAGCUGCCCGAGCUACACGAGGAGGAUCAAACAUUCAAGCCAGAGUUUUUCGAGAAGCAGAAGACCGAGUGGCACCAGAGCGACAUGACCGAAGCAGCCCUGCCCCCUUCCCUGGCCGCAGCGGUGCAGCAGAUGCAGCAGCCGGGGAGGAGCAAGGCUCUCGCCGAACGCCCGCAGCCCUCGGCCUUCCGUCAGCAGCCUCCACCUAUGAAGGCAUGCCUGUCCUGUCACCAGCAGAUCCAUCGCAACGCACCCAUCUGUCCCCUGUGCAAGGCCAAGAGUCGUUCCAGGAAUCCCAAAAAGCCCAAGCGCAAGCUGGAAGAUUAAGUGCUCCUUGCGCACUUUGAUUUGGAGUCAUCAUGUGGGCCUGCUUCUGUUCACUGCUAUGUUUUUUUGUGUUGCCCUUGAGGCCUUCCAUGUGCCAAGACAUCAAGCAGUGACUUGUUCACACGGUAUUAUGAAGAGGCAACCAUGUUGACCUUAUGUGGAACACAUUUUUGUAUGAUCUAUUGUUUUGCAAUCAAGAGUUCAAUCAAUCAGGAAUGCCGUCUGGUCAGGUAAAAACAUUAUUAGUUCAACAGGAUGCUGUUGUACUUACACAAUGGAUCCUGGAACACCAAACUACCUUUUUUUUUUACAUUUGUCCGUGGCCAGUUGCACUGAUAAUCUAUUGUUUUAUAUUUUAGCUUAUCCACUGAUUUUUCUUGUUUAUAUGUAUGUACACAUUUUCUUUUUUCACAAAUAAUCGUGUCGUAACAAACAGGUAAACUAGUUUAUUUUCCUACUUGAGACAUCUUAACUAGCGCAAAAAAUAAUAUGAUGACAGCGAGAAGCACACGGGACAGAACGUUAGUGUCUGUACUAAGCACCAAGCAGUGGCGUAGCUAGGUCGUCUGCCACCCGGGGCCCAUAGGUCUUCUGUCACCCCCCUACCCCCUCCCCGCUUGUAGCCGGUGAAAAGAGGGGCAUCCUCAGACGUGUAUGACUCCCCCCCCCCCCCCCCACUCACUCGCCCCUUGCACCCGGGGCCCACGGCCCCCCCGGCCCCCCCUGUUGCUACGCCACUGGCACCAACUAGUCCACCUGUCUUCUGUAAUAGUUCAUUUUAAUAUGUACUGUUUGUAAGCAACACACACAUCCUGUUCAGUGUCUGUUCUGUAUGUUGUCACCAGCAUUUCAAUCAUUUUGCCUAGCUCCUGUACAAAAAACAUAUUGUCUGCGCAGUGCUUCUCACUUAUCAUAGAACUCGCUUCCUUUUCUUUUUCCUGGUCAUGUUAUUGCACUUCUGUAUUUUUGUGCCUGUUUUUGACUGCCAUCGAAAUCUUUUCUUUUAUCGGUGAUGCCAAGUUCUUGCUGACACCAGCAUGUCUAUGUGUGUGUACAAAAAUAAAUAUAUUUAUUCGA